UGACCAUCACUCCUCGUUUCACCGGCGAGUCUUGUCAUGUCUCGGUUCUCCUAAAUGUUCGUGUGGUGGACCAGAUUGGCGUAUUUGAUCGAUCUCUCCCCUUGCGUUUCCCCGAUAGAAAAUCGACCGACUCCCUUCCGGACACGAAUCCGAGGUCGACCCCACGAGGUUUGAUCACCCAUAUCACUCCAUUGGACGGUGGGGUUGGCUCCAGUUGUUCUCCGUCAUGUUCGGUUUUUCGGGGAAACGCCCACGAGAGACGGAAGAGUGGGGGGACGCGUGUGAGAGAUAUCCCGAAAAUAAGAGACUCCGUCCGUUGACUCUCCGUACCUCUACCUCCCCUUCCGUACACAAGCCCCCCGUCGUUUCCGUCACCCGGGCCAACUCCCGAGUCGGGUUAACCAAUUUGACCCCGGUGGAGUCGUCCGAGGACGAGGAUGACCGGAAGAGUCGACCCCCAACCGGGAUAGACAGCCGGCAUGCGCACCAGGAUCUACCCUCGCGUGUCCGGUCGGCAAGCACCGAGAUGGACAUCGAUAGUGGGAGGGACUCCGGUCACCAUCUGGACCCAGACCAGGACUCGGACCCGACACCGAACCUAUUCCAGCCAUCACCGCUCCCGUCCAGCCGCAUCAACGAGUCCCUUACCAUCAGCGACUUCCAACCCAUGGGAUCCGGCGCAGGAGACGCGAUGGCCUCGUCGACUCCGGACCACAACUACGGUCCCAGUCUGGACAGGUGGUGGGUGCCACGCCUGCCCAGUCCGGUCAGCGACGGCGCAGAUGAUCCGACCAGCUCGAAGUGCUCCCCCAGCGACAUCGAGAUGACCUUCCAUCCGCUUUCCCCGCGUGAUCAGCCCAGAAAAUGGCAGGUCGCCCCAGACGGACCUUCACGGGGGUUCCUCGUCGAGUCCCCACAGCCGUCAUCGUCUGGGACAACGGCUGCCACCAGCAAGAAAAAAGUGGGAUUCUCGAUGGGCUAUCGAAGUGACUGUGACAAAUGCCGUCGCAAGGUUCCCGGUCACUAUAGCCAUAUCAUCCGGGAUUGAUGACUGCUCUUUUCCCUCUCUUUUUCUUUUUUCUUUUUGAUUGUUGUAUUUUCACUCGAUUUUCUUCUUUGUAAAGAUACCAGGCCUCACUCGGACAGAUUAUGAACAGGGCAUCG